AUCGUGGUCAAGCGCCUGCUCAAGUCCAAGCGAUCGCACGUGUUCCACGUGCAUGAGUUCGUCUACCAGCUCCAGCUGCGCGUGACGCUUUCGCACCCGAACAUCGUCACACUGGUCGGUGUGGCGUGGAACAGCGUGGCCGACGUAAUGCUGAUCAUGGAGCAUUACCCGCUAGGGGAUCUGCUCUCGUAUUUGACGCACUACGGGGAGUACUUGACGUGGGAGCGUAGCAAGUAUCGCCUGGCCGUCAGCAUCGCGCGCGCCUUGACGUACCUUCACAGCCAGCCGACCCCCGUCGCGCACCGCGAUAUACGAGCGAGCAACGUGCUGCUAACUGAGACUAUGGGCGCGAAACUCACGGGCUUCGACUCGUCGUGUCUGGACGAGCAAAGUCACCGCUGUCACGUCGCGGGGCCGUCUCCGUUCUGGUCAGCGCCGGAGGUUUUGUGCGGUAGACCGUACACUGCCAAGGCGGACGUGUUCGCCUUCGGCGUGUUGCUAACGGAGCUCGACACGGCGACGGCCCCGUUUCACGACGCCGUGUCUCCCGCCGGCACGAAACUUAAGCCGAUCCAAGUGCUGAACGAGGUCAUGCAGGGCACGCUGCGUCCGAGCUUCAGCGCGCACUGUCCUCGCCGCAUCCGCAUGAUCGGCGUCGGCUGCUACCAACACGAUGCGAAUCGGAGACCAACUGCCGACCAACUUCUACGUCUGCUGGAGGUAUAA